AAAAAACCCUAAAAAACACCAUCAAAAUGCAAAGAAAAUAAAGUAAAUUUGAAGAAGAAGAAGAAGAAGAAGAAGAAGAAGAUGUGUUUCGUGUUGUUGGGUGGUAAACAAGAGAGAGAGUUGGGGCGGAUGCAAGCGCCCGGGUUUUGCCCGCACUGCGGCGGCAAAGUGGAGGCCGUCGACGUGGAGAGCGAAUGGAGGUUAUGUUUCUUGCCCGUUUGCUUCAAGAUCAAGAGAAAAUAUUAUUGCACUCUGUGUGCCAAGCGUUUGGUGUUGUAUUUCUAGCUACUUCGAUCUAGAUUUCGCU